UUUGGUUUCAAUGAGCAUCACCAGAAUGAAAUCAUCAACUAUAUGCGCUUUGCCCGUGCUAAGAGGACCCUGAGACUCAAGACCAUAGACUCCUGCUUACAAGACCUGAAAGACAGCAGGCUGGUGGAGGACACGUUCACAGUGGACGAGGUGUCUGAGAUGCUGGACGGUCUGCAGGUGGUGGUCCGUGGGGAAGUGGACACAGAGCUGCUGAACACGGCCCACACCAACGUGCUGCUUCUGCGCCAGCUCUUCUCCCAGGCUGAGAAAGUUCUACCUCGGCUGCAGAGCGACAUCUCUGAGCUGGAGAACAGGGAGCUUCUAGAACAGGUUGCUGAGUUUGAGAAGACAGAUUUUAAAUCUGGCAGAAAGACAAACCAGGAGAUUAGCAGACCAAAGUUAGCACCACUAAAUGAAGGCGGAGUGUCAGAACUGCUGAACAAGGAAAUUGGAAGACUCCAGGAGGAGAAUGACAAGCUGAAAGCCAGACUGCGGACCCUGGAGUCUCAGGCUACGGGUGCUCUGGAUGAGCGGUCCAAGGCAGAGAGAGCUCUGAAAGAUCUGCAGGGCAUCCAGGGGGAGCAGCAGCUUGCUGUGCAGUCACAGGAAGUGAGUAGCCUGGAGGACACUGUUGCCUCACUGCAGGCCGAGUUUCAGAAGUCUCUGAGCGCCAAGGAGGCCUCACAGCGGGACCUGCAGGAGAACCUGGUGUCAGCCAAACACGAGUUGCUGCGCGUGCAAGAGCAGCUGACUUUGGCUGAGAAGGAGCUGGACAAAAAGUUCCAGGAGACGGCAGCGUACCGCAACAUGAAAGAGAUUCUGUCCAAGAAAAAUGAUCAGAUGAAAGACAUGCGGCGACGCCUACAGAAGUGAGUCAUCCAAUAGGACCAAGCAAGAGCUCUUCAGGGUCAU